AUGGACCUAGUUUUCCGUGACUGCACCUCGCUCCAUAUGCUUCAUUUCAAAUUCCCCAGCCAUCCUGCUGAAAGAGAAAGGCUGUUGCAGGUAUUCACUAUCGGAAAUUAUAAAACGACGCUCUUGCCUGUACGGCCCCAGGGGGUCAUGUUUACCUUGGAUGGACGUGUGCUGCCAGAUGAUAAUGAGCUUGCUCGGGCGAUUACUGGCCAGCUAGGGCUAGCAGCUAAGGCCGACUCCGGAUGUAUUCAGUAUCCGACGCGAUUCCAUUUCCUGCGUCUACCCUUGCAUGUUCAACAGCGCAUCUUACGGUAUGCUCUUAUACCACCCUUCCUAGUUAUACAUCCGUGCCUCUCGCCCAUCACCGAUGGCACAGCCCUAACGGUUCUCCCGUUAUUCCUGACAUGUAAAGACAUUUACCGAGAAGCAGAGGCUAUUCUCUAUCGAGAAGCUGUCUUCUCUUCGUGCUCCCCAAGAUAUGAGAAAGCUAUGCGGAGGUUUUUAUAUAAUCGCACAGAUCACCAGCUCCAACUCAUGCGGCAGUUCUUUUGCCAUAGUAUGGAUCGCUGGCUUGAUAGACGCAUCGACAAGUUCCUCCGAGUGCGAAGCCCCGACAUCGAAGAUCUUCGGCGUAAGAUAGAAAGUGGUACAUUCCAACACCCAUGCCUUUCUGAAUUGUGA